CAGCUGGAAGAUAUAACUAAUUCACACAUUAUUCCAGAGGAUGUAAUGUUUUAUUAAAGACUCCAUGUGUUUCCAGUGACACUGAGACACAGCUGAGGGGCUGCUGCCCUUUAAGACUCUUCCUGUCGUCAUGGGUACAACCCGGAAGUAACAGAGGCUCUUUAGCAUGUCAACAACAGAAGCUCCUUCAGCGUUUUAAUCUAAAUCACUUUAUUUCUUCGUGUUUUCAAAACCGCUUCUCACCCUGCUCCUCCUCUGUGACACAGAAGAUGAGCAGCAGCAGCAGUGAUGUCCUCCUGCCGGUGGACAGCAGCAUCAAACCCCCGGUGUUCCUGCACCUCGGAGACACAGAGCCUCUCUCUGGGGUCUGCGUGCUGGACGUCACUCUGCCCUUUGGGAAGACCGUCAACGUGGAGGAGAUCAGCUUUAAGAACCACUACACGGCCUCAGUGAGUAUGCGUCUGCUGAGGACGGGCCCCCCCUCUCAGUGGGUCACUGCUGUGAGAGACCUGCCUCUGAUGGAGAACCCCCACACUGAGGGGGGGUCGCAGGACUACUGCUGCAUCCACAGGACUCAGAUGCAGGUGGACCCGGAUCAUGUGAUCUCUGUGAGGCUGAUCCUCAAACAGCCGUCCUCCACCUGGCGCUCCUUCAGCCUUGAUGAUAUCAGGAUCCUGCCUCACAAACAACAGGACCCGGAGAAGGAGGUUUCUGAUUGGCUGUCAGACCUGACGCUGGCCGACCAACACACUGACCUCGAGGGUCUCCCCCCCCCUCAGUCUGUUUCCUCCAGUCUGCAGCAGAUGUUUGCUCUGACCGAAGUGAUGAUGCAGAGCAACGAGACCACGGCCUCUAUAGGACGCUUCCACGUGGAUGGAUGCUACGACAUCAACCUUCUCUCUCUGUUGUGACUCCGCUGAGUUUCUGCUCGUCACCUGGAGGAGCAUCAUGUGUAAUAUCUGCUAGCAGCCUGUGAGACCAGAGGACACACGGCAUGCAGGCGUAGGUUAUGUUCAGAACAUGAAAGUAUUACCUGCUAUCUGUUGAUCUUAAGUUACAUAAUAAAUGUUCCCAUGGUAACCCAAA